GACUAUUUCGUGCUUAGAGGGCGUAUCUUUAACGCAGGGAUAAUUAUUCAUCUGACUCCUUCCCGAUAUUUCGCCAUUGCUAUCUUCUCCGGUACACCAUGGCCAUAUCUAGCCAUGACAAGGAAGCCAAAACUACUGAUCAUGUGGAGGCUCUCACUUUUGAACUCGAUGCCAUCGACACCUUGCGUGGCGUUGCUGCGCUAAAGGUAGCGGAACGCCUAGAACCUGUGCAAAAACUGAGCAAAGGUAUGGUGCAGCUUUAUGUUAUCUGCGGCUUUAUGUUCCUCGGGGCGAGUCUUGGGGGGUACGACGCAAGCCUCAUGGGCAAUCUAAUGGCCAUGCCCUUCUUCCAAGCUGAAUUUGAUGCCCAAAUUCUCGGCGCAAAAACAGGGCUUAUCUCCAGUAUGUACUCAAUCGGCGCUGUGAGUGCAUUGCCUUUCGUCGGACCCUGUGGAGACACCUGGGGCCGUCGUCCAGGUAUUGCUCUCGGUUGUGUCAUUGUUAUCAUAGGCACCGUUAUUCAAGGCACAUCUCACCACCUCCCUCAGUAUCUUGCCGGCCGUUUCUUCUUAGGCUUCGGUGGGACCGUCGCCUCGGUAGUUCCAGCUUACAUAGUCGAGAUCGCUCAUCCAACAUAUCGUGGGGUCAUAGGCGGUCUGUAUAAUUGCUGUUACUAUGUCGGUUCGGUGCUCGCUGCUAUUGUGCUUCGUGGUUGCGUCGGUUAUCAGUCUAACCAGUCAUGGCUCAUCCCGACCUGGUUCCAAAUGGCUCUGCCCUCUAUCCUCCUAAUAUCCAUUUUUUUCUUUCCUGAAUCUCCACGAUGGCAGUUUUCCCAUGGGCAGGUUGAAAAGUGUCGUGCCUCUCUCAUCAAAUAUCAUGGUAACGGUGACUCUGAGAGUUUGUAUGUCAAGUUACAACUGCGCGAGUUUGCAGAGGAGCUAGAGUUGAAUGGUGCCGAUAAACGGUGGUGGGAUUACCGUACUCUGUUUAAUUCCCGGGCCUCCCUUUAUCGAGUUAUCCUUUGCGCCGUCUCCGUGCCGGCAUUCAGCCAGUGGACCGGUCAAGCAGGCGUAUCUUAUUUCCUCCCUGCUAUGCUUAGCACCAUGGGAGUCACUUCCACACUUGUAGUUCUUGACAUCAACUUGGGACUCGCAGUCGCUUCAGGUAUUGCAGCUUGUAUCGGCGCCAGUUGUAUGGACUUUUUUGGGCGACGGAAGACGCUCAUCACAUGUUGUCUGGUUCUUGUUGUAAUGUGGGCUGGCAUGCUUGCAUGCACAGGUACGUUCAAUGCCAGCGGCAGCGAUUCAUCUGCCCGAGCAUCGAUCGCUUUCAUAUUCCUGGUGGGAAUUUCCUUCUCAUUUGGUUAUACUCCUCUUCAGCAGCUCUAUGCUGUUGAGGUUCUGAGAUACGAACAGCGCGCCAAGGGCAUAGCGUUUGCUGCCAUGAUGAUGAGUGGUGCUUCUCUGGUUAACCUGUUCGCUACACCAAUAGCGCUCGAAAAGAUUGCAUGGAAGACCUACUAUGUUUGGCUAGCUGCAUGCGCUGCCCAAGCAAUAUACUAUUACUUCUUCAUGGUGGAGACAAAGGGUCAUACUCUUGAAGAGAUGAACUAUAUAUUCAACCAGAAGAAUCCAAAGAAGGCUUCUCUGGAGUAUAAAGACAAUAUUAUCGAGGGCACCAAAGGGUAG